UGCAUUCACUGAAACCGAAGCAACAGUCCGAGCGGCUUUCAGAAUGACUGCAGGAGUGAGCUGAGCGUGUGCGCGGAACCGGGCUCUCCUGCCUCCUGGGCUCCAUCGCAGCUCCGCGGCUGAACUGGGUGCUCGCCACCGCGGGACCGGCCGCCGGGCUAUGGAAUACAGAUGUGACCGUACAGGUAGCCCCACGUUGCCUGGAGCAAUACAUCAUGGCUUUUAAGAAGAAAUUGUAGAAGCCAGUUUUUUUUUUUUUUUUUUGACACACACACACACACACACACACACACACACUGUAAAGAUGCAAAAACGUAAUAUCCAUGAAGAUCCUAUUACCUAGGAGGACUCGGAUGUUCUGCUGCGAAAGCGGUGUUGGGAUUUAUUUGUUCUUGGAGUGUUCUGCAUGGUAAAGAAUAAUGUUCCAAAAUCGGUCCAUCUCCCAAGGGGUCCAAUUUUUCUUCCUGGGUGUCAGCGAGCCCUGACUCACUCCACUGCGGUUGACAGGGGCUGUCAUGCGGGCGGCCCCUAAGCCAAAGCGAGAGACCUAAGGACGACCUUUGAACAGUACAAAGGAUGGGUGUCAAUGUAAUUAGGCUACUGCGCGGAUCAGCUGUAUCACUGGUUCUAGCCCCCACUGUCUUACUGACAGUGCUUUCUUCUGCUGAACGAGGAUGCCCAAAGGGUUGUAGGUGCGAAGGCAAAAUGGUAUACUGUGAGUCUCAGAAACUGCAGGAGAUACCCUCAAGUAUAUCUGCCGGUUGCUUGGGUUUAUCCCUUCGCUACAACAGCCUCCAGAAACUUAAGUAUAAUCAAUUCAAAGGGCUCAAUCAGCUCACCUGGCUCUACCUAGACCACAACCACAUCAGCAAUAUUGACGAGAAUGCUUUCAAUGGGAUACGCAGACUCAAAGAACUGAUUCUGAGUUCCAACAGAAUCUCCUAUUUCCUCAACAACACCUUCAGACCUGUGACCAAUUUACGGAACUUGGAUCUGUCCUACAAUCAGCUCCAUUCUCUGGGAUCUGAACAGUUCCGGGGCUUGAGGAAGCUGCUCAGCUUACACCUCCGCUCCAACUCACUGAGAACCAUCCCUGUGCGGAUCUUCCAAGACUGUCGCAACCUGGAGCUCCUGGACCUGGGAUACAACAGGAUCCGAAGUUUAGCCAGAAACGUCUUUGCUGGCAUGAUCAGACUCAAAGAACUUCACCUAGAGCACAAUCAGUUUUCCAAGCUCAACCUGGCCCUUUUCCCAAGGCUGGUGAGCCUUCAGAACUUGUACAUGCAGUGGAAUAAAAUCAGUGUCAUAGGACAAACCAUGUCCUGGACUUGGAGCUCCUUACAAAGGCUUGACCUGUCGGGAAAUGAGAUCGAAGCCUUCAGUGGACCCAGUGUCUUCCAGUGCGUCCCCAAUCUGCAACGCCUCAACCUGGACUCCAACAAGCUCACGUUUAUCGGUCAAGAGAUUCUGGAUUCUUGGAUCUCUCUCAAUGACAUCAGUCUUGCCGGGAAUAUAUGGGAAUGCAGCAGGAAUAUCUGCUCCCUGGUAAACUGGCUGAAAAGUUUUAAAGGUCUGAGAGAGAAUACAAUUAUCUGCGCCAGUCCCAAAGAGCUGCAGGGGGUAAACGUGAUUGAUGCAGUGAAAAACUACAGCAUUUGUGGCAAAAGCACCACCACGGAGAGGUUUGACCUGGCCAGGGCUCUCCCCAAGCCCACGUUUAAACCCAAGCUCCCCAGGCCGAAGCACGAGAGCAAACCUCCGCCACCCCCCACGGUGGGAGCUACCGAACCCAGCCCAGAGACAGACGUGGACACGGAGCACAUCUCCUUCCAUAAGAUCAUCGCGGGCAGUGUGGCCCUUUUCCUGUCGGUGCUGGUCAUCCUCUUGGUGAUGUAUGUGUCCUGGAAGCGGUACCCUGCCAGCAUGAAACAGCUGCAGCAGCGCUCCCUCAUGCGAAGGCACCGGAAGAAGAAACGGCAAUCGCUCAAGCAGAUGACUCCAGGCACCCAGGAAUUUUAUGUAGAUUAUAAACCCACCAACACGGAGACCAGCGAGAUGCUGCUGAACGGAACGGGACCCUGCACCUAUAGCAAAUCAGGCUCCAGGGAAUGUGAGAUACCUUUAUCAAUGAAUGUGUCAACCUUUCUGGCAUACGACCAGCCCACAAUAAGUUACUGUGGGGUCCAUCAUGAACUUCUCUCCCAUAAGCCCUUUGAAACGAAUGCACAGGAAGAUACGAUGGAAAGCCACCUAGAGACUGAGCUGGACUUGAGCACAAUCACGUCAGCUGGCCGCAUCAGUGACCAUAAACCACAGCUGGCUUGAGCGAGCUGAGUGGUAGCCCAGGCUUGCUACCGAACUGUAACCUCAACGACAGAAAGAGGAUAAUUUGUUCAUUGCAACUCUCAAAUACAAAACAAACAAAAAUCCCCUGUUCAAAUAAACAAAAUUCCAAGAUUGGUUCAUGAAAUAAAAGAAGACAUGAAUUGUUUCAAGUCUAUACUUUGUAAUGAGCUAAGUUGUGCAGUAUUUUUUUGACUUUGACAGAGAAUGACCCUGAAAAAAAAAUCAUUUUUUUUCCAAAACUCAUCCUACCUAUGUGUAAAAAUUGUACAGCGCUAAUGUAUUUUUCAUAUUAUAAAGUUUCAAUUCUAGGAACAACUGAUAUGUACAGUACCAUAAUUUAAUUAUGCUUUACUUUACAAACUUUACACCUUUCAGUUUCUAAAAUUUUAAAUUAACAAACAUUAUUUCUUGUGUUCUUGAGAGUUACUUGGUUUUGUAGGGGCUGUUUUGUUACUGCGUUUGUGCCCAGAAACCUUGACUCUGAAAUCUGUGCUGUGCGAACAAUGCACGAUUUUUAUCAUUAUCAUGCUUACUGCAUAGAAUUUUAUCUACUUGUUCCAGAAAUAAUACAUUAACCAAAAAAAAAAGAAAAGGUUUUAAUUGUUCAGACGUCUAAGAGGUUCUUCAAUUACUUAGACAGGUCUUUCUUAUAAAUGAAAAAAAAAAUCAGAUUUUUUUUAACAGUUCUUCUAAGACUUAACUGUUGCCUUGAAUUACAGCCUAGUUUCUAAGCAGUGAAAUGUAAUGAUAAAGAGGGAUAUUUUAACAAAAUAUUUCCGAAUGAAUGACUCAUUAUUUCAUUCUUUUGAGUAACCAUUGUUAGGGAUAGGGAAAAGCGGAAAAGCAUGGACCAAACAUCACUGGAAACAAAGGUCGUAACCACAGCAACAGACUCUGAUACACUUCAAAGGUGCAGCUACAGUGACAAAGAAAAACUUCUGCUACAUCUCCUUAUUGUCAGGCCAAGGUGGGAGGAUACAGCAUAAUUGUCCAGUAGCAACUUUUUCUCUUAAUUAACCCAAAGUGGUUUAUCUAAAAAUAACCGCAAGUCAGUUCAAACUGUGCCUGAUUCUUAAGGCAAGUUUUCAUUUAGAAGGUAAAACUAUAUUUGGGAACAUCUCGAAGGAAAAAUACAGAAUUUUUUCUUAUUGGGUGCCACACCUGAAAAAGAACUUUUAAAAAUCUGGUUCUUUCGGUAUAGAUGUGCCAUAGUGGAGAAAACUCAGCGCCGAAUAGACUGUAACAGUCUUCUGUUCCGUUGUUUAUGCUGUUGUUCAUUUGGGGAUUUAGCUACAAGUUAUUCAAAACAAUAACCGAGAAAUGUUGAACAUCAAUCCAAACCACAUAUUGGUCACAUGGUUAUGUUUUAAACUGAAUUAAAUUCAUAUCAAGAAAACCUGGCUUUUCUGCAGCUGAAAUGACAACUUGUUUCUGUUGUCUACCUGGCAGGUUAUUAUUGGAAAAAUCAAGUUUGCCCAUGAUAAUCACACAUUCCUUUUGGGUUUUUUGUUUGUUUUGUUUUGUUAUUUUUAAAGAACAUUUAUAUAUAACUGCAAGUGUCACAGCUACAUAAGGAAAAAGCCUUCUUUUUUUCAUGGUUUAACUUUAUAAUCAUGACAUCAAAAGUAGAGGCAGAAAACAUCAAUCUGACAGAAACCAAACACAAUAAAAAGUUACUGAAAAAGUUAGUGAAAGACAUUGUCAAACUUAAUAUUUUAUCCCCUUCUAUGAAAUGCUUUCUGUAUGCAUCUAAUUUCACACAGGUUGAUCACAGCAACUUUAAGAGUACUACCAGAAAGGAAGAAAUUCAAAAUUGUAAAUUCAAAAAUCUGUUGAAAGAAAAAGAAAGCAAAGUAUUGGAAGGAGCAAAUAUUUACUUUAAUGUAACUACAAAUGUCACGGUACUUGUAUCAAAUAUUUAGCAUCCCAGAUUUUGUAACAUAUUUUGCAUAAAUUAUUUGCUAUUCAAUAUUUUUGUUAUUUAAGUCUAAUUUUAAUCUUAAUUGUUUUCCAGUUUCUUAUUUCUUUGCAAUGUAUUAUUCUGAUUGUUCUUGAUCCCUCACACUGAGAUUUAGCUCUGAACAAAAUUUGAACUGGGUUACAAAUCUAUUCUUUGUAAGUCUGAAAUCAAAUGAAGAAUUUUAUUAUAUAAACCAAAAAGUCAUUUGCAACCUUUUCAUUAGACAUCAUUCUCCCAAAGAUAAAAUAGCAUUAAUUUGUAAAACUAUGUACCUUCAAAAACUUCUUCCAGACACAUUUCAAGUUGAAAAAUGAUAAAAAAAACCCUUAAGACUCCAAAGAGCCUUAAAAAUAUACAUACACUCUUGAUUUCCUGAUGCAAACCACUUUCUAAAACACUUAUAAUAUACCAUUUUUGCAAAUUCUUUGAGAAUCUCAUACAUCUAUAUAAAAUAUGUUGAUCACACUCACCCCUCAACUCAGCCCCUAACUCUCCUAGACCCACCCGACCUGUAUCCCCGAACCCCUUCCAUCUUCACGUCAACUCUAAAUAUCCAACCUAAUGAGUCUAACUCAAACUGCCUGUGUACGCCUGUGUGGAGCCAUCAACUAGAACAUGGUUGACAGGGACCAUAUUCCUAAAAUAACCCUGAUUUUCCUCCCGUAUCAGAUGUUCCUAAAGCUUUUCAUUUCAUCUACAGUGAACUAUCAAUGGGAGCAGUCACCUUGGAACCAUGUCUGGGAUCAUCCUGUGUCCACAGCUAUAGUAAGAAGCCAACAACUGAAGAAUUUUGAGAUCUUUCACAUGUGACAUUAAGCCCAAAGGGUCGUUAAAUAAGUGGGAGGUAAUUAAUGUUAAAAUCUUCUAGAAUAGGAGGUAUCUACAGUCUUAGCACAUAUAAAAUUUAUGUUACCUUGGAUAAAAAAAUUUUUAUAAUGUCUCUUUUUCAGUAUUUACCAUUCUCCUAUUUUUUCCCUCUAGCCACCUUCCAAACCUCUGUGUUCCCCCCUUUUGGCCACUGCUCACCUAUCUAAACAAGUUUGUUUUUUUUUUCUUUUUUUUAUUUUAUUAUUAUUUUUUUUAUCAGUUACAUUUUAUUAACUCUGUAUCCCAGCCGUGUCCCGAUCCCUCAUUCCCUCCCAGUCCCUCCCUCCCUCCCUCAUCUCCACCGUGCCCCUUUCCAAGUCCACUGAUAGGGGGAACCUCCUCCCCAUUCAUCUGAUCCUGUUUUAUCAGGUAUCUUCAGGACUGGCUGCAAAGCCCUCCUCUGUGGCCUAACAUGCUUGUCUGGUUGUUGGAGUUGAAAACUGGAGUCUGAGCCAUCACAGUUACAGCAGCAGCCGCAGCUAAAACACAGGAUAAACCAGGCAGUAUUUUAAGGUUUACAAAUCUCGUGAAUCGUCUCUUACAAAAUUCUUGAAUUGUCUCAUUCUGCCUUCCUAAACAAUCUUGUGAGGACACACUCAUGUCCCAUAAGUUGACACUCAUCCAAGGACACAGAGCUGAUGACCAAUGGGUGGCAUUCUCAAAGCCCAGAGGCCGUUUUUCCAUUAUACUAAAAGCUCCUCCUCUCUGGCCAGAACCAGAAAAAUAUUAGAGACAACAGACAGAAGACAUUAGACAUGUCAUUUGGUAAGCUCCAACUCAACUUAGAAGUUUGUACAAUCUCUGUGUGGAGGGAACUCUGCAGACGAGGCUCUAGUUUGCUUGUGAUGAGCCUUUGUGCAGAAGUACUGCUAGCUACACGCUUACACACAAGGUCACUUGUGAGCGUAUAGCUCACCACCCUCAAGAUAUGAGACAAGCAGGUCCCAGAGCGCGGAAGGAAAACAGGAGCCACAAGAAGAGAAACUCAAAGCAGUCUGCACUGAGAUUAUUUAGGUGUUUAUAAAAAGUCCACAAUACAGAGCUGAUCACACUUUCAACUAAGUGCAUGUUUGACUCCCAGUUAACCAGAAAGACAUUUUCUUUCUUCUUGUGUUUUGGCAAGAUUUUUUUAAACCAUGAAUUUUUUUAGAAGAACUAUAUAAUAGAGAACUUUUUACAUUUGUAAGAAAGAUAAAAUAUCAUUAUUCAAACAGACACAGAUACCAUUAAAAUUACGACGUGCCGUGAAUAUUUUGGGGUUUAUCAUAGCUUCAUUUCUGCCCCCUCCUGUAUGUUCUAGAAAUCUCAUAAAACCAGCAACACUUUUAAUAUAAAUUAUAUUUUGGAAAGCAACAUAAGCCAAAUUUAACACACAAGAAAGCAUAACCCAGCUUGAACUCAGAUCUGUCUGAUUUCAAAAACUGCUUAGAAAAUGCAAAACUUAUUUGCAAAGAUAUUUUCUAAAAUGAACUGUUUAGGAGGGUAAAAAUACACUUGAUUUUGACUAUCCCUGUCUUCUUGAUACCAACUCUCAAUCUAAACACUAAAAAUAAGCAAAGAACCUGAAAGAAUAGAAACAGAGCUGG